GUGGCUUACCAGCUGUUGUUUUAUGAACAUACAAACUACAAGGGUUCGAAUCUCGACAAACGCUUCACGUAAAUUAAAGCAUUUUGUGUAGACGUUCGCCGGUGAUUGCUAAUGGUAGAUGUUACCGUGCGAUGUUGACUUCAUCAUCAACAGGGUGUUUGUUGAAGCAACCACGACACGACCUGGCGGGCUUGUUGUUGCCGCACAUGUCGACUGGGCUAGUUAGUGGGAGGGUAACUCUAGUCGACCUGCGUGAAAUACCGGACAGCUGUUACCUACGGUAGAAUCGAACGCCGAUAUCGCCGCUGAUAAUAGGAGAUCUCAGCCUCUCAGUGUUCGUGUGGUUGUUGUGGUCCCAGGACCGUUGCCAGUUCGCUGACACCACCAUUCGGGCAUGUGACCUAUUUAUAGAAGAGUGCGAUUUUGGAUUGUGUAUUCAUAAUUAAGUUUGAUCUCAUGGUAAGUCUAUUCCAUGUACAAGGAGAUAGUAUCUUUUUGCGAUUUUGGAUUGUGUAUUCAUAAUUAAGUUUGAUGGCAUGGUAAGUCUAAAGCCAUGUUCAGUGAGUUAGUGAGUACAUGUUUCUAUCACUUGACUUGUAAACACUAAAAGUGGACUGAAAAAAAAAAAACGCAAAAAAAACAACACGAAUUUGACUUGUUCAGAUUUAGAUUGAUUUGUAAAAACAUGUAAUUUUAAAUUGUUAGCUGUUAAACUUGUGACAGUGACAGCUGAAUGAAUUCAAGUCAACAUCGAUGUGCAUAUUCAGUUUAGCACAGGUCUGAUUAUGACUUUAAAAAAAAAAAAAAAAUUGGAUGCACGUCAGAGAAAUGGCCGUCUUAACUAUAACUUUAUAAAGUAAGUGAUGAUGAUAGAGUUGGGUAACACCGUCCGUGGGAUUCAGAUGAACGGCUUUCUCUCGAACGUUCCACAACAACUUGUGACGUGAUUUUUUAACGUUUCAAAUGUACACCAAAGUGUCACGAAGGUUGUUAAUGUUGACGGUGGAUGUUGUCAUUUUUUUUCAAUUUGGAGGUUGGGGGGGGGGGGCACAUCCACCCCCCGUCGAUGAUGUCACCGAACAUUUUAUUUACAAGGGGGGCCAGACCAAAAAGUGAGAACAUCUCUAAUCAAAGGAUUAUAUCAUUUAGUUAAUAUAAUGGUUUGUCAGUGACAGUUGCCUGAAAACUAUUACACUAUUCAGAAAAAAUGUUCCAUCUGUCCCCCCACACCCCCCCCCCCAUCCAAACCGCUCUCCCUACUCUUCUCAAUGACUUAUUGUAAGCGUUGGCGCCUCGUUUAUGCUUCUGACAACAAAGCGAUGUUAUCCCAUUUUUUGGGGCCACCCUGUAUUUAUGUAAGUCACUGACUUGAAACGUUUAAAGAUUCAGUUAUUAAUAUUAAGGAUCAUGUUUUAAUUUAAACCUCUCAAAUAAAUAAACCCCCCACAUUGUCCGUGUGAGCGCUGAACCCGUUCUCGCGAUGACAACACAUGACCAGAGACCGUGGAAUGGAUCUGGUCACACUCAGGUGUUGCUAAUGCCGAUACGUUGAUCAGCUCACACCUGCUGGUAACACAUGGGGGUAUGGUCCACCGCGACCAUCGACGUUCCGCGUUGACGUCACGUUCGUGUUGAUGUAAGCGCACGGACGACUAACGUGAAUGGAAUGUAAGGAGAUACGGAGUGUAGGCGUUUUAAUGUGUGGAAGUAAUCUCGAUCGUUCCUUGAUUCGCGGUGCAAUGACCUGUCGUGGUAAUCAAGGGGGGGGGGGGCAUUUCUUUGAUUCACUGUGUACUUUACCUGUGGUGGUAUUCAGGGGGGCAUUUCUUUGAUUCACUGUGUACUUUACCUGGCGUGGUAAUCAGGGGGGCACUUCUUUGAUUCACUAUGUACUUUACCUGUCGUGGUAAUUAGGGGGGCAUUUCUUUGAUUCACUAUGUACUUUACCUGUCGUGGUAAUCAGGGGGCAUUUCUUUGAUUCACUGUGUACUUUACCUGUCGUGGUAAUCAGGGGGCAUUUCUUUGAUUCACUGUGUACUUUACCUGUCGUGGUAAUCAGGGGGGCAUGUCUUUGAUUCACUGUGUACUUUACUUGUCGUGGUAAUCAGGGGGCAUUUCUUUGAUUCACUGUGUACUUUACCUGUCGUGGUAAUCAGGGGGGCAUGUCUUUGAUUCACUAUGUACUUUACCUGUCGUGGUAAUCAGGGGCAUUUCUUUGAUUCACUGUGUACUUUACCUGUCGUGUUAAUCAGAGGCAUUUCUUUGAUUCACUGUGUACUUUACCUGUCGUGGUAAUCAGAGGCAUUUCUUUGAUUCACUGUGUACUUUACCUGUCGUGGUAAUCAGGGGGGCAUUUCUUUGAUUCACUGUGUACUUUACCUGUCGUGGUAAUCAGGGGCAUUUCUUUGAUUCACUGUAUACUUUACCUGUCGUGGUACUCAGGGGCAUUUCUUUGAUUCACUGUAUACUUUACCUGUCGUGGUACUCAGGGGCAUUUCUUUGAUUCACUGUAUACUUUACCUGUCGUGGUACUCAGGGGCAUUUCUUUGAUUCACUGUGUACUUUACCUGUCGUGGUACUCAGGGGCAUUUCUUUGAUUCACUGUGUACUUUACCUGUCGUAGUAAUCAGGGACAUUUCUUUGAUUCACUGUGUACUUUACCUGUCGUUGUAAUCGGGACACUUCGCAUGCAAAUCGUCGGAUUUCCGAUUACUCGACCCUCACAACUUCGAAUGAUGCUGUUUUAUCAAUUAAAAAAACCUCAAUUACCGAUUUAUUAGCACCGAUAAAGCCGAUUACCUGUUAUCUGCCGAUUACUCGGCGCUACUCUUGUUGAGAAUUUGAACUUUUUUUUUUUUUAACUGGGUAAGAAUAUCUAAAAGUAAUCUCCUUAAAAUUAAAUAAAUGGCUACCAGCCUAUCUGGCGCCAUGGGGUAAGCUCCUGUGUUCUUGGUACUAGUAUUAGGAUUAAUAAUCUAACACCGCUUAGUGAAUACGAUUAUACCGAAGAGCAUCCGCAGUUCUGCGGUGCAGAGAUUGACGAUGGCUCCCCCCCCCCCGCUCCAACCCCCCACCCCUCCAUCCGGGGCCUUUGAUUAAACAGGAGAUAAAACGCAUGUCAUGCCAAGGGGUGGGGCCAAUGUAAUGUUAAACCGAGCGACACAUUUAAUGAACGCAUUGUUUGGCCUCUGGGCAGACCGAACUUAAGAGUGCGCCCCCGUGAUCUCGCCCUGUCGUCGGGUCGCUCCCCUCCCAGGUCGAAAGGUGGUUGAUGCGUGCACAAUCGGGUUGUCGUUGUGUUAAGGUCGGUUGGCGCUGUACAGUCGGGUUGUACCAGUGCCUAUGACUUAUGAUAGUUGAUAGCGGCAAAUAAUAAUGUCUAAACACAACUUUAAUUUAAGAAACUCAUUAAGAAAAUGUAGCCGCGCCCUUAUUUCGCACACAACAUAGAACGAGGCAGUGGAGUAGGUAGAGUUUGUGACGCCUGGGGCAGCCCUUGAUUGUGCCGCCCCCAUCAACGAACACAUCAAUGCAUACAUAACAAACAUACAAAAUAGGCUGUAGAUAUAGUGUAAAUUAAAUUAACCGAAAAUGGAGCCCUAAUAUAAAGUGACGCCCGGGGCACACACCCCCCCCCCAGCCUCGUCUUCCUACUUCUGUGAAACCCGAUGUUAUAAUUUGUCAGUGGUUAGGAAAGGGGGGGGGGAGCGGAGAGGCGGCACACCGAAGCGUCACUUUUUAUCUCUACAUAGAGGGGCAGCAUGAAUCAACUGACGGGGCAGCUGCUGAUUUUUUUUUUUUUUCGUGGAAUGGGUCGGCAAAAAUCAAGACCCAACCCAGACGGCACUAUCCCUAGAUACGCCACUGAUUGGUUUCAACAAACAUGAACAUUUAUUUUCCAAUGUCUCACACCAAUAGGGUUUAGAAGUCCUGAAGACAAAGAAGUGAAGCCUAAAUUGGAACUCUUAUGAAAGUGCCUCCCGCCACUGAGACGAUGAUCGAUGGGUUCCUUAGAUCUUAGACAUCAUGUGACAUCAAAGGGAGGGCAAUGUUCUGUGACUACGCCAAUGUCACACCGGCACUCUUGCGGUGGUUACAUUAGACCUUAUUUUUAACUUCUUCUUAUCUUCUUAUAUUUGAGGUGCCCACGAUCAAUUUGUUGAUCAUUCUGGCUCCUGGUUUAAAUUCAGAGUUUGCCUUCUCUUAGAUGGGUUGCCGUCCAAGGCUAGCGAGUCCCAUCCACCCGGAUUCUAACAUUGCUAGAAAUAAACUCGGGGCGCAUCGUGCCGUGCUGAUGUCAUCUCUCCCGAUUAAAGUCUUUUCACCGGUACCUGAUUUUUCGCUCCAUCUGAAGACGGUUACAGAAUUAUGAAAAAAAAAAAAAAAAAAAUAUAUAUAUAUAUAUAUAUAUAUAUAUAUAUAUAUAUAUAUAUAUCUCGAAUAAUAAUCAGUAAAUGAAAAAAAAAAUUGUGUGCUCCCCUGAGGCAGUCACCCUUUCGCCCCCAUACACUUUUGUUUUUUCACGGCCCUGACCAGAAGGGUCAAAGAUGAAAGGGGGAAGAAUUUCCAAGUUGAAAAUAAUACAUGUCUGUAUAUAUUUAUUUUAUAAAAAUCUAGCUCCUCGGCAAAGACAGAUGGAAAGGAAAGUCUUUGCAGGAUAUUUAUAGCAUUUUUUUCGUCCAUUUUGUUUUUCGUGUCAUUGCAGUUGGACACAAAGUCAAGGUACCGCACAGUUCACCAACUCCUCGAUUAAAAAGUCUAAUUCUGUAGCCAUCAUUUAACGAACAGUGCUAUAAGUCACAUCCCCAGUAACGACCACGGUGCGUGUGUUCACCAGAGCGAGAUGUUGAGAGAAGGAACACAAUCUCUCUGCUGUGUAUGCGAUUUAAUCUGAUGUUUAUUUAUGGACACCGUGAAUGCCGUAUUUUGAGAAUAUCAAAUAACUUCAUACCACAAAUACCUUGUUAUCAUCGUAAACAUGCCCUUAACGCGCUGUCACGUGGUGCACUACGUCGCCAUUGACAUACCUGAGAUGUUUCAUAGGACUAGAUCCUGUGCUAACAAUCGUAGGGUCUGUGAAUGUAGGGGUUAAUGAAUGGGGCUACCUAGUAGGGUUAGUGAAUGUAGGGGUUAAUGAAUUGGGCCAACUAAUAGGGUCUGUGAAUGUAGGGGUUAAUGAAUGGGGUAAACUAGUAGGGUAUGUGAAUGCAGGGGUUAAUGAAUGGGGCUGAGGGCUAACUGAUGGGGGUCUGUGAAUGUAGGGGUUAAUGAAUGGGGUAAACUAAUAGGGUAUGUGAAUGCAGGGGUUAAUGAAUGGGGCUACGGGCUAACUGAUGGGGGUCUGUGAAUGUAGGGGUUAAUGAAUGGGGUAAACUAAUAGGGUAUGUGAAUACAGGGGUUAAUGAAUGGGGCUACGGGCUAACUGAUGUGGGUCUGUGAAUGUAGGGGUUAAUGAAUCGGGCUACGGGCUAACUGAUGGGGGUCUGUGAAUGUAGGGGUUAAUGAAUGGGGCUACGGGCUAACUGAUGGGGGUCUGUGAAUGCAGGGGUUAAUGAAUGGGGCUACGGGCUAACUGAUGGGGGUCUGUGAAUGCAGGGGUUAAUGAAUGGGGCUACGGGCUAACUGAUGGGGGUCUUACUUUUCUAAAUUACAGCACCACAACCCCCUCCCACCCAAAUAUUUUUUUUGGGUCUUAUUGUGAUAAAGAGAUUAAUUGUGAUAAAGAGAUUAAUUGUGAUAAAGAGAUUAAUUGUGAUAAAGAGAUUAAUUGUGAUAAAGAGAUUAAUUGUGAUAAAGAGAUUGUGAUAAAGAGAUUAAUUGUAAUUAAUUGUGAUAAAGAGAUUAAUUGUGAUAAAGAGAUUAAUUGUGAUAAAGAGAUUAAUUGUGAUAAAGAGAUUAAUUGUGAUAAAGAGAUUAAUUGUGAUAAAGAGAUUAAUUGUGAUAAAGAGAUUGUGAUAAAGAGAUUAAUUGUGAUAAAGAGAUUAACUGUGAUAAAGAGAUUAAUUGUGAUAAAGAGAUUAACUGUGAUAAAGAGAUUAAUUGUGAUAAAGAGAUUAAUUGUGAUAAAGAGAUUAAUUGUGAUAAAGAGAUUAAUUGUGAUAAAGAGAUUAAUUGUGAUAAAGAGAUUAAUUGUGAUAAAGAGAUUAAUUGUGAUAAAGAGAGCUAACGUUUAGUUUUCUAAGCCACCCAACGUCACAAUUUAAAUGGAUUUAAAAAAAAAAAAUAUAUAUUUUAAUCUCCGGAAAAAGAAUAUCUGUUUCAUGUACAAAUAAAGUGCCCAGGUUAAAAUAAAGUCAGUUAUAAAUAUUUAUGUGAACAGAUUUUUCCACGAACACAACGAAAUCCGGACAGGAGAAAGUACAUGCUGUCAUCUCUUGUGUUAAGAUAUUAUAGUAUCAUAUAAGAAUGAUCCAAUGUAGAAGAUGUGUUACGCCCUGAUUAUCAAACACAAUAAGAGUGAUUUUAUAUUAUUUCGGGAAUCAAUGUAAUUGUGUCAAAAAAGAUCUGCUUUUACUUUUAUCCGCCAGUGUGUUGACCCAGUUUUACUUCAACUUUCUAAUUUGUUCUAAAUCAGGCCUGCACAACCUACGGCCCGCGGGCCGCACGUGGCCCGCCAGCACCCACUUGGCGGCCCGCGAAGUAACGAAAUAUUCUUUAUUAUUGUUAUUUUCUUAAUAGAUUUCCUCCCUGCCCCAACAUCUUUCGGUCCGCAUAAGCUUUUCAUAAAGUAUUAUGGCCCGCCUUACAUUUUGAGUUGUGCAGGCCACUUCUAAAUAAUGCCAUCGGGUGAUGCAAUUUCUAGAAAAUCGUGAAAAUUGGUUAAGAGACUUUUGUUUGAGAUAAAAGAGAUCUGUGUUUUAAGAUUUUCUUUCUGAUCAUACAGCUCAGGGGCGAAGAACAAAAAAGCGGAUUAAAAAAAAAAUCCAUUUAUGUUGAAGAUUUCUUUUAUUGAUUUCAUUGAUGUUUAAUCAAUUUAAGGCUUGUUAUACGUUUUUUUUUUUUUUUUUUUUUUUUAUGUGUUUUAAGAUUUUCUUUCUGAUCAUACAGCUCAGGGGCGAAGAACAAAAAAGCGGAUUAAAAAAAAAAUCCAUUUAUGUUGAAGAUUUCUUUUAUUGAUUUCAUUGAUGUUGAAUCAAUUUAAGGCUUGUUAUACGUUUUUUUUUUUUUUUUUUUUUUUUUUUGUUUUUUUUUAUAUUUUUUUUUUUUUUUUUUUUUUUUUUUUUUUUUUGUGUGUGUGUCGAAAUAUAUGUUUUAUUUGUUGUUCGGAGGCGUUUAAAGGAGCUGGGUAGGGCUAUAUUAAAUAGAAGAUAAAAAUGUAUCAACACAUAAUGAUGUAAGAAACGUAAACAUCUAGACCUAUACAUAGAUACUUCUUUAAAGAUCAGGAAAACGCUGGUUUACUAUUUCAGGGGCUUCGGAAAAUGUGGUCAUUGUUAUUAGGCUCUCAACCUUAUUCAGUUACAUGCAUUGAGAUAUGUUUUGUUAAGAUGCUGAGGCUUGGCAAUAGCAAGCAGGUUAUAGCGCAAUAUGCCUUCCAUUAUUGACCCGGUAACAUCGGGUCAUAUCUUCUAGUUAAUGAAAUAAUUGAACGUGUCGCCCCCCCCCCUCCUCAUUAUAUACAGUGAUGUCAUAUUCAAAGAGUAGAGUGUGUCCAGAGGCGAGUUUCUGGGUGGGGUGGGGGUGGAAGGACUUUACCAGGAUCCAUGAGUCAUGCAUGUAUCUUAUUUAAAUAUCUGUAGAAGAGCGUUAGUGACUGCGUAGUCAGGUCUGCCGUGAUGGAGUCAUCAUUAGUCACACGGGUUGUUGACAUAACCCGACGACGGUCCAACCGCAUGCUGACAUAACCUUAAUCGUUCAUGAUACGAUAAACGUAACGUGCGUAACUAUAAAUAGUCGUGGCGUGGUGGGGCCGCCUGCUUGCGGCACUGACGAUUAGAUUUCUGUACCACGGACGGCAUGGAUGCAUCCUGUGAUAUUUAUUGACCAGCUGUGAGCGAUUUCCUUUUUUUUUGUUGAUGGGUCAGAUUUAUUGUGUCGGAUCUGUUAACGACAUCGCGCGUUGACCACUGCAAAUAUGUCAUUGUUUUGAUAUAAAUAGUGUAACAAUGUGUGUCGAUUAGGGUUAAAAAGUGCUUGAGGAGGGGGUGGGGGUGGGAACCCAUUCCUUCGCCCCGCCUCUACGGUUCUCUCCGCCUCACCGAUUCUCAAACAUUUUCCUUCAUCAUCAUCGUCAUCAACAUUAUUGUGACUAAUUUUAUUUCUUUCAUAGACGUCAUUGAGGACGCUGAACUCCCAAAACGAAAGCAAUUAUUGAUUUGAUCAAGUUACCUCGUUUUUGUAUCGUAUCAACCGGGUGUAUUUUAAACGUGUUUGUCGAUAUCGUGUGGAUGCGAGGAUAAGAUUCAACAUCAAUUCAACUAACUUCAUUGUUUUCUGGAUGUUUUACGUCUAGGAAACGCAUUUUAUUUUAAAAAUAAACGGUUUUUCCCCCCGUAUAAAUCCUUUAUUAAAUGUCAUAUCGAGCAAUGGGUUGUGGCUGUGAACAUUUGACAAAACAUCCAUUCAAGUAAUGCACUUUAUAAGAAUCCCAACUUGUACCACCAACCCACCAACCCACACACACUUGUUGUUUCUUUUUACCAACGUUCGCAUCCGCACAUUUUUCCCUAAACUAUGUUAAUGACCCACCCGCAGAUUUAUUUCACCAUUUCGCAAAAAAAUAUUACUCACCAAACGCACUUGCGAUAUAUAUAUUUUUUUUUAAAAAAUCCCAUUUAGCGCAGUUAUCGGGAUUUUUAUUUCAUGAAAUCAGCGUCAUAAUAUUUCCUUCAUCUUCCCCUUGGAAAAACAUGAAAAACUGAUUUGUGUGUGUGGGGGCGGGGGUGGGGGUUAGGGGCUGAAACUUGAUAGAAUGUGUUGCCAUCGCGCUACGAGUCUAGGAGCUAAAUUUCCGCCCAAUAGCUUGACGGGAAGUGGGUCAUUUAGCCGUCUGAAGGUUUUGCCAGCAGCCAGCCACGCGCAAAAUCGAAGUUUAUGUCUAGGAUUUAGAAAUUAUGUUAAAAAAAUCGUAACACGGCAGUUGUGUUUAUGAUAGGGUUGUCCACUCCGGUUAUAGGGUUGUCCACUCCGGUUAUAGGGUUGUCCACUCCGGUUAUAGGGUUGUCCACUCCGGUUAUAGGGUUGUCCACUCCGGUUAUAGGGUUGUCCACUCCGGUUAUAGGGUUGUCCACUCCGGUUAUAGGGUUGUCCACUCCGGUUAUAGGGUUGUCCACUCCGGUUAUAGGGUUGUCCACUCCGGUUAUAGGGUUGUCCACUCCGGUUAUAGGGUUGUUCACUCCGGUUAUUAAGUCUUCUUAUGAUAGGGUUGUCCACUCUGGCUAGUAAGUCUUCUUAGGAUAGGGUUGUCCACUCCGGUUAUAAGGUUAUCCACUCCGGUUAUAGUGUUGCCCACACCGGUUACAGGGUUGUCCACUCCGGUUAUAGGGUUGUCCACUCCGGUUAUAGGGUUGUCCACUCCGGUUAUAGGGUUGUCCACUCCGGUUAUAGGGUUGUCCACUCCGGUUAUAGGGUUGUCCAUUCCAAUUAUAUUAGGGCUGUCCACUUUGAUUAUUUAGUCUUCUUAGGAUAGGGUUGUCCACUCUGGCUAUUAAGUCUUCUUAGGAUAGGGUUGUCCACUCUGGCUAUUAAGUCUUCUUAGGAUAGGGUUGUCCAAUUUCUAAACAGAAAUUCAUCCGCGGACAUUGAUCCCAAGGCUUACAGACAGCGGAGUAAUAAAAGGGUGCGGAGGGGGCGACCCCUGUGGGAGGGGGCGAUCCACCCCUGUGGUGCUUUUUUCUUUUUAUGACGGGGCGGCAUUUUCGGACAACUGCAGAGGGUUUUUUUUUUUUUUAAUCGUGGAAGGGGUCGGCGCGAUAAUCCAUGUCCUACCCCGCGCGGCACCAAACCCUUAUAGCUACGCCACUGUCUACCGAUAAAGCGUACAUAGCUUUUGAAGCUGUUUGUUAAGACUAAAUAAAAAAAUGUUAAAACUAAUUCGUUUGGGGAUUGGAAUGGAAGCACGCGGUGGGAUCUCCGAGCAUCAACAUACCUAUCUACGUCAUCUGCCGCGGCAAAUAUUGACAGAAGUGAAGGCCGAGUUGAUUUUACUUGUUAAAUAGCUCUCCGACCAGGAAAAACGCUGGUGGUGGAGGGGGGUAUUUUUAGACACCAGUUUGUAUUAAGCAGGGAGUUGGUAACACCAGGAGCUCUACUCCUUCUAUUCCCCGCCCCCCCCCCACACAGCCUAUAGGCCAGCUGUUUUAGAUGUGUCCUACUUUAGCCUACAUUAAACUCUGUAUACAUAAUUUUUUGUAUAUUACUUUAAUUAAGCAGGGAGUUGGUAACACCCGGAGCUUUACUCCUUCUAUUCCCCGCCCCCCCCCCCCACAGCCUAUAGGCCAGCUGUUUUAGAUGUGUCCUACUUUAGCCUACAUUAAACUCUGUAUACAUAAUUUUUUGUAUAUUACUUUAUUACAGCCAAAGUUGAUCCUGACGUCACGAGAUUUCAGAGUUCCUAAAGACGACAGUUCCGAAUAACAUUUAGAAGCGUCUUCAAAUAUAACGCAAACAAGAGAAGUUCAAGGUCUCCCGACAAUGAGUUCCAAGAAGCCGAGCAAUCACGUGAUCCUCUACGUCAGAGCUGGAUGGGACGGCACCGGUUACGGGGCUUGUCCGUUCUGUCAGCGGUUCUACAUGGUUCUGGACCUCAAGGCCAAGGGCGGGGCAUUGACCUAUGACAUUAUUUCGGUGAACACGGCCAGACCGCCUCCAGAGUUUAGGAAGUUUGCCAACCGUCUGCCUGUGUUAAAACACGAGGAUGAGGUGAGUUACCUUCCCUUGUGUAUCCUUUGAGCUCACAUGUUAGGGGCGUUACCGUCCCCUGUGUAUCCUUACAGCUCACAUGUUAGGGCCAUGUUGCAAUUCAAAUAUUUUUUUUCGUUGCAUUAAAUACCAAUCACAAUUAUCAAGGAUAUGUUUACAUUCUUGGGAUCUCUUAGGCGUGGGUAAAUUUGCCCAUAGUUCAUUAUUGAAGCAUAUAAUAAUGAAUGAAAGGAGUUAACUACCACUAAGAUGGAUACACCUCAAUUUGUAAACUAAAUAUUAUGCCGAUCUGAAUUUUAUUUUCUCAUCAAGAGUUAAAUUUGAAACAUUGAAUAAAUAACCUGUUAUCUUUGUGAAUUCAGGUGAUAAUGGACACGGAAGAGAUUCAGCAAUACUUGGACGCCAACUUCCCCAAGCCAGACCUCCGCUACACCAACAGGGACGCGCACACGGCGUGCCUGGACGUCUUCUCCAAGUUCUCCUUCUUCAUCAAAAACGUCUCCCACACGUCCGACCACCUCCUGAAGGAGCUCUCCUACCUGGACAGCUUCAUGGACAGGACGGGCAACAAGUUCAUGUGUGGCGACGAGCUGACCAAUCUGGACUGCAACGUUCUGCCCAAGCUCCAACACAUCCGGGUGGCCUCCAAGGCUUUCAAAGACUUUGAGAUUCCCCGCUCCAUGACCUACCUGUGGGGCUACCUGGCCAGCGCUUACAAGAACGACACCUUCAAGAAGACGUGCCCGUCCGACCAGGAGAUCGUCCACCACUGGAGUGAGAAGAAGGAGACGACGCCGCUGCCGGAGAGCAAGCAAAAACUCUACAUGGUGGAGGCCACGCCCAGGUUCAGCAUGGACGUCCCGGCCUACGUCAACGGUCACCACUGAACCGCGCCC